AUGUCAGCUGUUUAUGACAACUGGGGCAGGUUGGUCGGAGCAGUCCUUCGCCGGGAGGAUUUCCGGCAGAGUGCUCUAAGGACUCCCAGUGAUGUUUCUCUAGCAUCUUCCUUACCGUCGUCUUUGUCACCAUCGUCCUCCUUUAAUUUCAUUUCUCCAUCCGAAAAUCACCGGGAAUCCAAAUUAUCCUCUGUUGGGGAAUCUUUCACUUACUCCCAAAUUCUCCAAGUCACCAACAACUUCAGCACCGAAAAUGGGCUCUCCGGUGAUCUGUUCUACGGUGUUUUGGAAGGCGGAACCAAAGUAGUUGUUAAGAAGGUUGAUUUAUCUCCCCCACAGAAUGAUCAGUUUUCGGCCCAGCAGAAGAUGUCAUUCUUGAAUUCAGAAAUGGAAUUCUACGCCAAAGUUUCGCACCCUAAAUUUGUCCCAUUACUGGGCUAUUGCGUGGAUGAUUCGAAUCACCACUUUUUGGUUUACAAAUAUAUGCCCAACAAGGACUUGACCGCAUGUUUUGACAAGGAAACUGACACUGCUGACUGCCCAUCAACACUAUUAGAUUGGAGUUCGAGGUUGAAAGUUGCAAAAGGAAUAGCACAAGCCUUGUUUCAUUUACAUCAUGAAUGUGUACCACCGCUUGUCCAUAGGAAUGUUGAAGCUGGUAGCAUACUGAUUGAUGAGAACUACGAUGGGUACCUUGGGAGGAAUACUGAGGUUUGUACUCAGAAAAAAGACAGAAAUCAAAGCAGAAUUUCCAAAUUGCUCCGCCUGCCCAUGGGUUCCAAGCAAGCUGCUUCUGAUGCAACAUGCGCCUAUGAUGUUUAUUGCUUCGGGAAGGUUUUGCUUCAGUUAGUCACAGGAAUGCCAAUUUUCACCAACAACAAGAAUUCCAGGGCACCCAAACUGAGGGAAGACAUCCUUCCAUACAUCACCACUUAUGAUAAGGACUUGUUUCUGAAUGUUAUGAAUCCACCUUUAGCCAUGGAUGAGCACCUUUUAAAUGAACUAUGGGCAGUUGCUGUUGUUGCAAAAGCCUGUCUCAGUUCUACGCCUUCUAAGCGUCCUCUAAUGAAAGAUGUGCUCAAGGCCUUAGAAAUCUCUAAAAUGGAAGAUUUCUCAGCUUCUGUAGGCUCUCCAUCCAGCAUAGGCCAGUUAACUCAAGUAGUUCCAGCCCUGGAAAAGACGAAAAUCUCGGGGGGAUCUGAAUCAGCCAUUGAUGGUAUGUCACAAAUGACAACAGAUGCCAUGAACUGGACAAAUUUACCGAUCAGACAACAUUUAUCAGCCAGUAUAAACGAGGAGGCUUAUCGAAAUGGUGAAAUCUGGGCCAGUCCCAAUUUGAUAGUUUUUAGGUUUGCAGAACUAAAGACUGCCACUAAAAAUUUCGCAAGUGAUGGUUUGCUUGGAGAAGGUGGAUUUGGAAAAGUAUACAAAGGAUAUCUACCUAAGAAAUAUGCAUCAAAUAGUGACAGACAAUCACUAAUUGCAGUCAAAAGAUUGAAGCCUGAGAGUUUGCAAGGAUUCCAGGAGUGGCUGACUGUGAUAACAAUGCUCGGAAAGCGUUCUCACCCUAACUUCAUUAAGCUCUACGGUUACUGUUUUGAAGAUAAGGAGCUCCUACUUGUCUAUGAAUAUAUGCCCAGGGGUAGCUUGAACAACCACCUUUAUGGAAGGGGCUCUGUCAUUCACCCACUCUCCUGGGACAUCAGGCUUAAGAUUCUAAUUGGAGCCGCUCGAGCACUAGCGUAUUUGCAUGCAUUAAAGAGAGAAAUCAUCUUUAGAGAUUUCAAGGCUGCAUCGAUAUUGCUUGAUAGUUCUUACAAUGCCAAGUUAUCAGAUUUUGGCUUAGCUAAGACUGUUCCUCCGGAGCAUGACACACAUGUAACAACUCGCGUUAUGGGAACAUAUGGCUAUGCUGCUCCGGAGUAUUUGGCAACAGGACAUUUAUAUGUCAAGAGCGACGUGUAUGGUUUUGGUGUUGUAAUGUUGGAAGUUCUUACUGGUUUACGGGCCUUGGAUGUUAAUCGCCCAAGUGGGCAGAACUUCUUGGCUGAUUGGAUUAAGCGUCACUUAUCUGUCAGUAGGAAGAUAAACACCAUAAUUGAUUCACGAUUACAAGGCAAAUACCCUGCACAAGACGCGGUGAAAGUGGUUCAGCUAGCUCUGAAAUGCCUGUCCUCUCAACCAAAGGCCAGACCCUCAAUGAAAGAAGUUGUGCAAACACUAGAGCAGAUUGAAUCUUUUCGCUAG